AUGACUCUCCUCAAAUCAAUGACCUCCCUCUCCUUCUCCUCCUCUGCUAUUUGCAAUGGAUCGGUUUCAAGUGGAAGAAUGAACUCUUUCGGUCAAUCAUCGAACAGCACCUCAGGAAUUGUUGCUCAGCUUGGUCAGGAUGCCGGUCCAUUGAUCCAAGGUACCUUUGAUACCGUCAAGGCUGUUGGCAACACUGCCAUCACCUUCCUUGACCAAACUGUCUAUGGUUUGGUUGGUCUCUAA